AUGGCUAGCAAGGCAUGUUGCGAGCUUGCCCCGGUGACUGCCGACUACAUUGGCAAGGGCAGGUGGGAGACGGUUGCUGGGAUAAACACUUACAUCGUUGGAUCUGAUGAUGCAGACAAAGCCAUUAUUGACAUCUAUGACAUCUUUGGGGUUGCAUCCCAGACGAUCCAGGGCGCAGAUCGCUUGGCCGCACACGCCUCAGCACUUGUCUUUGUCCCGGAUCUAUUCGAAGGGAAAUCGCUUGACAAAGGGGCAAUCCCCCCUGAUACACCCGAAAAGCAAGCCCUUCUCCAGGAAUUCAUGUCUGGCUCCGCCAAUAUUGCUUCCAACAUUGAUAAGGUGGCCAAAAUUCGUAAGGAAAUUGGCGACAAGUGGCCCUCCAUUGAGGAUCACAUUGGAAUCUUUGGCCUUUGCUGGGGUGGCAAGAUUGCUAUUCUGGCAUGUGGGGAGGCCAAUGAGGGCAAGGGCCGCAAAUUCAAAGUGAGCGGAACAGCUCAUCCAGGCGGUUUGGAAACCAAAGACGCGGAGGCUACAAACGUGCCUCACAUUCUCCUUGCCUCUCCAGGCGAGCCUGCUGAUAUCGUAGCAGAGGUUAAAGAGGUAUUUUCUCGGCCUGGCAAAACCGGCGUCGUAGAGACCUACCCGACCAUGUUUCAUGGGUGGAUGGGCGCACGAGCAAAUCUCGAAAAUGAGGACAAUCUAAACGAGUACAAGCGAGGGUAUAGCCAAAUUGGCGACUUCUUUGGUAAGCACCUAUAA